AUGGCUGUCACAGUCGACGUCUUUGCUCUCUUGGGCUACAGGACUGAAGUCCUUAAUGGGCGGCUUCUCCUCUCUGCCGUCGUUGACCUCGCCCUCAUCUUUUGGCUCCUCUACAUCCUCUCCUCUAUCGCCCACUACCUGCUUCGGCGCCUUCAGUCUUCUUCCUCUUUCUCCAAGAAGUCUGCCCAUGAUGGUUAUCUUCGCAUCUCGCAGCUGCCUCAGCUGUCUUCCGCCAUCCCCUGGUUCGGUCAUCUUCUUGGCCUGCAGCGUGACACUGCCCGCUAUGUCAACACUGUCAUAGCGUCCACUGCCGCCCAGAUCUUCACCAUCAACAUCCCCUUCAAGCAGAUCAUCGUUGUCAAUCCAUCUUUGGAUAAGCAGCUCGCUCGCCAUGUCUCAGACACUGGUCUUGCCCAGAUUCUUGCCCACGUUGGCUCCCGCGUCUUCGGCCUUGGGCCGAGCACCAUCCGGGUCAUCCUCGACACUGACCCACGACGCCUUCAUCAGGUCGAGUUUGGCAGACCCGAGAACCUCAACGCUUUGUCCGAGUGUUCAGGUGUUUUCAUUUGGGAUGAGAUGAACAAGAUGGGCCCUUCCACCGAGGUCGACCUCGCUCACUGGAUGUUUGGGCUCACAGUGUCUGCCACUGCCAGCGCAGUCUGGGGUGUCGAGAACCCCUGGCGUAUGGAUCGCGAGUUCGCCGAAGAGUUCAUGAACCUGACCGAGACUUUCGACUCUCUCUCCCGACCUGCCCCUUGGCUCACGGCCCGAUCCGCUUACAAGUCCCGCGACUUUCUCAUGAAGAGACUUCGAGAGUUCCACAACCAGCACCGCCAGUCUCGCGUCAAGACUGUCGCUCACGCAAUCAACGUCGUUGCUCAUUCGGACCCUAACUGGGAGACUAACCCGGACUAUUACAACAUCGAGAUGGUCUCGGCUAUUGGCCUCCUCGCGACGGCCAGCACACUCUCAGUCUGGCUCGUCAGACACCUUCUGGCUAUUCCUGAGCUGCUCAAGGUUGUUGUCGAUGAGAUCCAGCAACUCCAGGUUGUUCAGGCCCAGACACAGGACGGUCUCAAGCUGGACCUCACCAACAUUCGCACCCUCUGCCCCUGGCUCGUUGCCUCCUGGUACGAGACUCUCCGCCUGCACAUGACGGGCGUUCCUCGUCUUGCUCGACACGAAUUCGGUCUCAGCCUUCCAGGCUCUGAGUCCCUGGCGGUGUCUCAAGGAGAUCUCUUCCUUCUCCCCAUGUGCGCUUCCAACCUCGACACCAACGCCUGGGGACCCGACGCCGCAUCUUUCCGACCUUCUCGCUUCAUCACCAACAGCGGAGACUUGUCCAACAGCCUUAUCCGCAAGGUCAAGGCCUUUGGUGUCGCGGGCAACCUGUGCCCCGGUCGAGUCUUUGGCUUCGAGACGGCCAUGGCCAUGGUCGCAGGCACACUCGGUACCUUUGAGAUCAAGAGCGUCGGCGGAAAGGAGUUCACUGUUCCCGGUGUUCGCCAGGGCUUCAACGUCGGCUUUGAGCGGUACGCGGACGAUGUCAAGGUGGUGCUGUCCAAGCGGUGA